AUGGCCCUUCUGAGUUCUUAUUCUCCCUGGAUGAUUGAUGAGGACUUCCACUUUGGUGAAAAUCUUCGGGAAGGGGCAGAGCAGAAGGUGGUGUUCAUCACGGGACGAGUCCACCCAGGGGAAACACCCUCUUCAUUUGUGUGCCAAGGGAUUAUUGACUUCCUUGUAAGCCAGCACCCUAUUGCCCGUGUUCUACGAGAACACCUGGUCUUCAAGAUUGCACCAAUGCUCAACCCUGAUGGAGUCUACCUGGGCAAUUACAGGUGCUCUCUGAUGGGGUUUGACCUGAAUCGUCACUGGCUGGAUCCCUCUCCAUGGGCCCACCCUACCCUGCAUGGGGUAAAACAGCUUAUUGUCCAGAUGUACAACGACCCAAAAACAAGCCUGGAGUUCUAUAUUGACAUCCAUGCCCACUCCACCAUGAUGAAUGGCUUCAUGUAUGGAAACAUCUUUGAGGAUGAGGAACGGUUCCAGAGACAGGCCAUUUUCCCCAAGCUCCUGUGCCAGAAUGCUGAGGACUUCUCCUAUUCCAGCACCUCCUUUAACCGGGAUGCUGUGAAAGCAGGAACUGGCCGUCGCUUCCUGGGUGGACUCCUGGACCACACUUCCUAUUGCUAUACCCUAGAGGUCUCCUUCUAUAGCUACAUCAUCGGGGGCACCACUGCUGCUGUGCCCUACACUGAAGAAGCCUGUAUCCUUGGCAGGUCCCCACCCAGCCCUGGGCCAGUCUUCAUCCAGCUGAGA